AAACUUUACUUUACUUUACAGUUAAAAUUGUGUCAUACCGAUACGUCACCACUGCAAAUAGAAGUUGGUAUAUAAACGAAGGCCAAGAAGCUGCGCGUCAUAUUUUUUGUACGCAGUAGUGACGUACAGUUGAAUAUCUAUCAUUUUCUCUUAAAUUGUAUUACACUAAUUUAUAUUAUAAUGGCUACAGAAGUUGCAACAAAUCCGGAAAUUCCUUAUGUGGGAACGGUUGAAAAUGGUUUAGAACCUGGAAAAAUGGUAAGGAUCCGGGGUAAAGUUCCUGAAAAUGCUGUACGCUUUGCUGUCAAUUAUCAAUUAGGGCCGAUAUUAAACCCAAGGGAUGAUAUAGCCCUUCAUAUAUCACCACGAUUUUCUGAGGGUGUUAUUACAAGAAACCAUAUCGAAUCUAUGACAUGGGGAGCUAACGAGGAUGAAGGUCCCUUGUGCAUACGACCUGGUCAAGAAUUUGAAAUGAUUAUUUUAUGCGAUCAUGCAAAUUAUAAAAUUGCUAUAAAUGGCAGACACUUUGCAGAAUUUGCGCAUCGAUUACCGUACGAAAAAGUAACGCAUUUAGUGAUCGACGGUGACGUUGAAGUAUCAAGCAUUAUUUAUGAACAUGUACCCAUUGGAUCAGCACGUUCUUCCCCACCUAUGCCGUCAGUUCCGUCUGCAGAAUUUGGUCCUCCUCCACCAGGUGGCUUGUAUCCAAGUUUAGACACUAAGUCAACUCCGGGAUAUGGUCCUCCACCUCCGGGUUACGGUCCACCACCUUCUCCUUAUGGUCCUUCUACAGAAAAUAAUCAAUCGGGUGAGAAAGAAAAUUCAUUCGGUGGUUUGUUCAGUAAUAUACCUUGGAGUGGAUUAGCUGCUGCAGGUAGUAUGGUUGCCAUGGAAUAUGCCAAUAGAAAGAAAGAAGAGGAACAAAUGGGAAAAACAGACGCUCCUAAUACAAAGAGUGAAAGUGGUUCUGCACUUUCAAGUACACUUACUGCUAUAGCCACCAAUAUAGCAACCAGCGCUAUACAAAGGAAUUUACAUGCGCAACAAGGCUAUCCUUCUCAAGGACCUGGUGGCGAUGUUCUUGGCUCUAUUCUUGGAGCAUUAGGUGGAGCUGGAGCACAACGGCCAGCAUAUCAACCACCACCACCACCACCACCAAGUAAUACUGACCCAUUAAGUGGAGCAUUAGGAUCUAUUCUUGGUGGAGUUCUUGGAGGUGGUGGAGCUCAACAACCAGCAUACCAACCAUCGGGAGGCUAUGGUGGAUAUUCAGCACCGUAUGGAGGAUCUCAACCUGCAUCUGGUGGUUCGAGCUUCUUGUCUGGUAUAGGUUCUGCCCUUGGUUCUUCAUUAUUUAGUUCUGCUAUGGAUGGAUUAAGCAAACACGGAAAAGAUAAAUCCCAUGAACAACCUCCGAGUUAUGUACCAUCAAAUACACCAAUGCCUUCCGCAUAUAUGAACAAGCCUCCUGAAUCAGGAGGAAACAAAAUGACGGCAGAAGAAAUAUCCAAAGGACUUGGUCUCGAUGAUUAAAUACUCCGUUUUGUAGAUGAGGUGAAAACAAGAGAAGUGCCUCUAGUUAAGAAAAAUUAUUCGAUAUUAAUGUUUUUCUCUCUCUUUCUCUUUUUCAAAGAUCUGAAGUAUUAAGUUUUGCAUUUUCUAUACCUGCAAUUAAACUUGCAGUUCUCUUGUGUGGUUUAAGAAUAAAUUAUAAAUAUAGACAAAAA